GCGGGGCCGAGGUGCUUGAUCGCACCGGCCGCGCCGCAGACGCAAUCGACGAGCUGCCGAGGGCGGGCGCGCAGGUGGCGCCGCGGCUCGUUCCUGUCAUGGUUCGCGCGGCAUUGGGGAACGGUUUCGGCGCGCUGCAGAUGAUGGCGACAGCGCCGGGCGCGCCGCUGCCUGGCGAGGGCGGCGAGAUGCCGAAGGCAGGGUUCACGGCAGGGAAUGCCUGCGCGACGGAAGCCCAGAGGUUCUUGGCCAUCAAGAAGACCAUCGCGGCCGCGAGAGACACGGUCGGCGCGCGCAACAAGAUUCGGAGGGUCGAGGUGGCAGCGAAGUGCGAGGCGGCGUCGAUCGAGGGUCUGACGUCGUUGGUGAGAGGCGGCCGCGUAUUGAGACGUUGCGAAGAGGGCGUGGCCGAGCUGGCGCCAUGCCUCAGCGAUCCGACCAUGGGCCGUUUGAUCUUAGUCAGUGCCGAGCAGCUGAGGGCGGAGAUCAAACCAAGGGCAGCGCCGCACGGGCGCCAGGAGUGCCUGCUGCAGAUGGCGAUGAACG